AUGAGCGCUAUUCCGGCACGAGACGGGAGGCGAUUGGAGGAUCCCGUCGCACCGAUCGAGGCUCCUGUUGCAGAGGAGACGGCGCAGCUUCAGCCGCCCUCCGCAUCGCGCUUCUCGCAGUUGCAGAGCAGCCCGAGCGGGCUAUCACAACAUCUUGGGCUCCUGUCUGUUCAUGAGAAUCCGUUCGACAGACUGGUUGAACGAGAGGGCGCACUCUUUAAUGAUGAUGGGGAUCAAAUAUUCUUCACGGCGGGCGAUCAGCCGCGCGAGUUUCCUCAAGAUACAGCUCUUGCGCGAGCUAAUCUGCAUCACGAGCUCGAGACAAUGCGGCUGUACGAUCACACAUUGUUCGCAAGGACAUCGUCGGAUGCAGGUGGGACAGGCUCGCGUGGUGCAGCUCUCGACGAUGGUGAUGAGACGGGCGAGGACUCGACUCUAAGCAAUACAGUGGCAGCUUUACGCGCCAUGGGACUGGAUGGUGGAGAGAGUGAAGCAUCGGAUGACGAGGACGGCGCGCGUGGGUUCGCCAUCAACGCGCGAUCUGAAACGGGCACAUCCGUCGACUGGCAGCCGUACGGUUCGAAAGUCAUGUUCCUGCUUAUCAUGGCAUGCAGUCAGCCGCGAUUGAGAUUAUCUGACGAUCACAUCCGCUUGAUCUUAUCGCUUCUCAAGGAUCUCGACGUUUCCGGUGUUCCGUCGUUCAAAGCCUUUCGUGCAAAGCAGGUAAGUAUAUCAAAGGAACUUGACAUUCAGAGCAAGCUGCAUGUCUCUUCACUCGACAAUCACUUCUACUCCAACGAACCUCAUACACUCUUCAAACUUGAUUGGGCCAAUCCACUCGUCCGCCCGCACAUUCACGUAUACCCCAACAUCUCCUCCAAAGGUGUUUCGGAAACAUUUGAGGCUGAGAAAUGGGUGAAGGAAGUUCCGUUCUCGGAUCUGUCACCCAUGUGGGCCGAGUGGAAGUCUGCGCCACAACGCCACUUCUUCGUGAAUGAGCUCGCAAGCUUGAAGACUGGCCACGCAGUCAUACCGCAGCGAUGGAUUACUUGUGAUGGAGUUGACCAUGUUGAUUGUCUUGUUGUGACGGUGGGUUUAGGCGACAAGUUGCAUGUUGCCGCCGAGAGCACGAUACGGGUGGCUUGCAGUGCACUGCAGUACAACUAUCUUGAUCUACAGCUACAGCGCGGUGGUGUUCCUUUCGUCUGGGAUGAUGCCUCGGCAGACUGGCCAAGUCGAAUGCCGAACCCCCUUCGGGUGAAGGCUGAUGGACGUCCAAUGUUCACCAUACGAGCCUGGGUUUGGGGUGAUGAUGUGUCUGGUAACCGGUCAAAACAGUAUAAUGCGCAUACGAACGUCUACAUCGCAAAUGCGAGCCUCACAUCAGCGAAGCUCAGGCAGGAGUAUUUCGUACGCUUCUCCUCAACAUCGCAGCAUGCCUCUUGUCCGGAGCAGUUUGCAGCAACUGUCGAGGAUAUGCGCUCCGAUCUGUGGCAUGAGGCAUAUGACUGCCUUUUACGCACACCCAUCUUGUAUUGCAUUCUCGCUCACGGCCUACCGGCAGACAACCCUCAGCAGGCCGAGAACUCUUCAGUCGUAGGGUCAAAAGGCAACAAAAACUGCCGCUAUGACAAGUUGGGUGGGACUGAGGUUCAGCGCGAGUCGACUGAGGGGUAUCAUGAACAUUUCAGUCCUGGCGAGCCUCGCACACCUGCAGAAACUAUCGCGACGAUAAAGGAGAUGUACAACCUUGCAUUUGACGGAAGUACAACAAAGCUCAAAGAGCUCCAGGCGGAAACCGGAGUGAAGGAUCGCAUUGCAGAGCACUGGCUGGCUGAGAUCAGCACGCUUGUACAGCAGCAGACCAAGCUGCGGAUAACUGAUAAGCGUAUGAAGGACCCACGAUUGCACUCGAAGAAGACGUCAAAGGAAGAGCGGGCGGUCAUACGAGCGGAGAUCAAGGCGGUCAUCGCACAGGAGGCUCGCGUGUGGCUAUACUCGCAGCCGGCGCAUUCGUUCAAUGCACUCCCCGCAGACUCUGAUCAGCGGCAGGCUAUCCGUGCCGGUGAUCAUUACAACCAGCUGUUGGUUGUUGACGGGCUUAAUCCUCAUCAAGACUCGCCCAUCGAGAAGCUGCAUACCAUACUUAUCGUUUCCGAUAAGUAUAUCUGGUACGAGACGACAAAAGGCUGGAACGUUGCCAAAGACAGCGACUUUGCCAUCUGGCUCGCUUCCUCGUCAAUUGACGGAUUGACUCUUCCUCCCAUUCGCGCCGAGUACAUGACAAAGUACAAGAAUUCGCUGAUAGGAAAGCAUUUCAAGGUACUUCAGCAACUCGCGAUCUUUCAUAUGACAACAAACCUCUGUUCGGACUCACUGCUUCGGGUAUGGCGAGCCACGGGAGAACUCGGAGCGCUGAUGUGGUACACUGACAUCAAGAACAUGGAUGAGUACAUGAGCGACCUUCGGCAAUGCAUUGCGAACCUCCUGGACGCUUGGAGUGAGUAUGACCCACGCAAGAUCAUCACGAAGAUGAAGCUGCACACCGUCACGCACUCGCCGGAUGAUGCCCGGCGCUUUGGGCCCUUCGGGUUGUUCGAGACCGAGGUGUACGAGUGUUGGAAUGCCAUAUUCCGAAUGUGCAGUGUCCUCUCAAACCAUCUUGCCCCGAGUCGAGACAUUGCACAGGACCUCGUAGCGAUGGAGUCGUUCAAGCACAUUGUCAGUGGCGGGUGGUGGUACAACAAGGACGCGAAAGAGUUUAUCCAGGCUGGUCGUCGGAUACGCGAGCACAUGUUGCGGUCUCCCGAUCUACAGCGGCGCCUCGGUUGGUCCGAGAGAACAGCCUUGCCAGCCGGUUCGGUCAAGCUUGUAUCAAAGAAGGCGCGCAUAGCAUUGGAAACGGAAAUCCUGGUCACGGGUAUCAGUGACUGUGACGACAACAUAGCGGCAGAGCUAUACCAGUUAUCCUUAUCUUGGUGCCCUUGCAAAUACGCGGUCAGUGCGAGUGGCGAGCCGUGCUUCCAAGGGUCGUGGGUUUUCUUCACUGCGAUGCCAGCUGAGGUACCGUUGCCCGAUGCUGAGGCAGACCACACUAUGGAGAUUGACGGUAGCGACACCGAUCGAGAACCCACGCGCACACUGUGCGGCCGUAUAGCCCAUGUUGUCGUGCCGUUUGACCAGCAAAUCGCGGAGGACGCCAUCAUCGUUGUCGAGUGCUUUCACCUUGGCAAAGAUCGUGAUGAUCGUCUUGGAAUGCCGAUUCUUCACCGCUCGCAUAGGACUCUGCUUAUCAAACCUCACAGCAUCCUGUUCAAGUUCAAUGCCCAACACGAUUGCCGUGCUGGAGAUUGCACGAUUGCGACGCGCAUGCAGCGGGUCCAGCAAGAACGUGUCUCGUUCAACCGCAAUGUGCGGUUCGUCCAGCACAACAACGAUGACCGCUUCUUGCUCAACACGCACACAUUACACAAUGCAUCUGCCCUCCAUGAGAUCCUCCCGCGCCAUCUCACGAAACCGGUUCCAUACUUCGACCCCGCGGAGCGCGAAGCACGCCACAGCGAGUUCGCCAUGCAACUGCAGGAGACGGGUCCAACAAAACGCGCGGAGACAGCAGCUAAAGCCAAGGCCACGCGUGCUAAAAAAAAGGCUGCCGCCGAGGAGAAGCGCGUACGCGAGGAACAUAUAGCUGCACGAGAGAGGGAGGCGGAGCGGCGGGCCGAGGCAGGUGAACACGAACAUGAAAGCAGCAGCGACGACGACGACGACGAUACUCGUUCACUCGCAGGUGAUGGGGGUGCCUUGUCGGGCAAGGAUGAUUCAGAUACAUCUCACGAGGACACGGACUCGGACUAUUGA